GGGUGAGGAGACAGACCCCCGGUCACCCCCAGCAGCAAUCCCCCCUCUCCCGAGCCAGGACCCACCGCCCCAGGAUGCCUCAUGGCAGCUCUUCCCCCAGCACCCACCGGGUGUCGCUGGGAGAGCGGCUGCAGCCCUGCGGAACCUGGGGCUGCCUCUUCCCGUCUGCUUCCCGGACCGCUUCCCUGCCCCGCCUAUCUGCAGUGCCCCUACCUGGCCCUGUCCCUCCGGGGGACUACGGUUUGCUCCUGCACCCUCCUCCUGCUCCACACCCUGCCCUGCGCCUGUGGGAGCGCCCAUGGCAGCCGUUGGGAGCAGUGGGGACAAGUCUUGUCCCCGGGGCUGCAGGGAUGCUGGGUGACACUGGAGGGGGAUGGUCACAGUUUGAGGUACUGCUGUGAUUUAAUCCCAGCAGGCAGCUUAGACCCCCUCAGCUGCUCACGCACACACACCCCCGGUGGGAUGGGGUACAAAAUGGGGAAAGAUAAAAUGGUAAAAGGGACUAAACUGACGGAUCAGCUUAAUAGGAACAGCAAGGAUGUCCUGUAAGUCCAGGGUAUCCCAGGGCAGGGCAGGGAGGGGGAGUGGCAGAACUGUUCCAUCCAUGUCCCCUCCAAAUUUCUAUGCACCCCAGCACUCUCGCUUGCUGAUGGGGCAGUGGGAGGAGCGGAGAAGUCCUUGGGGCUCUGUGAACAUCGCUCAGCCAAGAUCAGACACUCCUGGGUUAUCAGCACUGCUGUCAGCACAACUCCAAAACAGUCCUGUCGCUGUGGGCAAAAUGACCUCUAUCCCAGUUAAACCAGUACAGGACCCCAGGGUACCUGGAAGGUGGGGAGCAGGUGCAAGGUGCUGAGGAAACCAGAUAUAGAGAGCCUGGGGUGGGCGCGGGGCAGCUGAGGCCACUGUGUGUCCAUGGGCAUGGGGACAGGGAGGGGACAGCAACUGUCCUGUGUUUAAUUUGUCGGCACAAAGAGGCACCUCAGCCGGCAGUGAGACCUUUCCCCAUGGACAAAUGGCUAUAGGGCAGAGGCAGUUCGACGGGGCGCUGGGUGUGGGAUCUCUGUGUUGCCCCUUCACCCAAAUCCACGCCACACGUGCUGCCUGCCCUGCCCGUGCCUUCCCCGCCCCCUGCCCGCCCCCCAGCUGAACCCCCGGCCCCCCCCAGCCCCUCGCCCCUCCGUACCCCCGGCAGAUGCGAGCGAAGGCCCCGGAGCAGAUGGCAACAUUUGGUAGCCGAGUGGUCCCUGCCUGCAGGACUUUGCUGGGCUGUGGUGACCAUCCCUCCAGGAAGCCCCCUCCUCACCCAGCCAGGGCUGGGGAGCCCAUCCCAACUGCAAGCCAGCACAUGCCAGGGGGUGCAGAGGGGAUCCCCAGGGUGGGCACACUGCCCAUGCCAUGGGAGUAACAGGGUGGCAGGAGGACAUGGGAAGAUUGGCAGCCCAGAAAAGCAGAGAUUUGUCCUUGAGCUCAGCCUUAGUGAGACCCAUCCUCUAAUAUCUUUUUUCACGUGUGAGCAGUGGGGAUGGUCUGCCUGGGCAGAGGGUGGCUGCUACUCCAUGGGGAGACAAGGGGACCCCCUCACUCCAGGGACUACUGGCCACCCUAUUUGAGAGGGUAUGGCCCCCCAGACUUGGGGACCUGCUGGCGGGUCUCAGCCUGGACCCUGGCAGCCUCAGCCCUAUUUGCAUUCCAUUUCCAUGUGAAAGGAGCAGGUCAAGUUGAAAGUGGAAAGGCUGGUGGGGGCAGCAGGGAAGGGGCCGCUGCCGGAGGUGAGACCCCAACAAAAGGGCCGGAUCCCCAGGGCCCAGUGCUUGCCUGGCCAUGGGCUGUGGCCACGGCCCCACGGCAGCCGCCAUCUGCGGGUCUGUGCCGCCGCCACCACCGGCCAGACAAAGGCCUUGUGCCCAGCAUGUCCCCAUCUGUCACCUCCCUGGCUCCUGGAUCCCUGAGCAGAGACGGAGUGUGAACGUCCGGGUGCGGGCAGCAUCGUUCCCCCUGCCCACAGGGAAUGGGGUGAUGUUGGGUGCAGUGGGUGCCUCUGCAUUCUGUCCCCGUGUUCCUUCUGGAGCAGCUCUGUAGAGCUCUUGCUGAGGAAACUGAGGCAGGAGCAAGUGGUGGCUUAUCCUGGGUCAGGGCAUGACAACGGGCUGCAAUAAAGCACCCAAGAUGAAGAGGUUGGGGAUCUCUCAGCUCUGGGGAUGCCUUUGCCCAUGCAAAGUGAUGAGCCCUACCCCUGCAGCUUGGCAGGUGUUGCCAGGCACCCGUAGCUGCCUCCACCCAGCACUUCCACGGGGGGAAUUGGGUGCUGAGUGUGUUUUCUGCUCAUUGGCAGCUUAAUUUACCAUCCAAGACGUCCUGGCAGUGGCACGAGGGUGUCUGUAGGAGGUGAGAGCAAAGGCACUGCCAGCACCUCAUUGUCCCUCUGCUCACAAACACCGUCCAUGUGUUCCUGGGGCAGCGGUGGGGAUGCUGCACCGGGUGCUGGAGGAGCAUUCCUGCAGGAGCCUGUCCUCCCGGGGCAUGUCCCGGGAUGCUCCCGGGGAGGGCGAGGCUUGGGGCGCUGCCUGGAUCCAACGCCCCGUUCCAACGGGCCAGACGUGCCCGAGCAGCUCCUGCAGCUCCUGCAGCCUCCUGCCUGCACCCGCACGGCCUCGGCACCUGUGGGGGGACGCAGCCUGCGGGCUCUGCCCUCGCCUGCCAACUGGGAUUUUCUAGCUGAGCCCGUUGUGUGAAUCUGGGCUCAGGGCAGACUCUGUGCUUCCCUUGGCUCUUCUCCCUCCACCAGCUCCUUGUCUUGCUCCAGGAGCCAUUUGAACAAUGCAGGGCUGUAACUGAGCUCCACAGCAUGAGCCAAAAGCUUGUUUCCUCUGUGCAGAGCUGAAUGGAGAUGCCUGAACCAUGGGGCAGGAGCCACCCUGGGGCUGGGUUCAGGCCAGCAGGUCCAGGUGGCUGCAGCCUUGGUGACCCUGUUCCAGUCUGUCACUUCCCUUCCUGCUAUCCAGUUUAUUUUCCUAUGUUUUGGAGUUCAUUGCUGCUGGGUGAGUGGAGAAACAAGCUGAGAUUUCCAAAUCAGAGCAGGCCCUGCCAACUGACCAUACCACUGAUAUGAGGGAAUCUGGGUGCCCACAGGAAGGCUGGGAAUUUCCCCUGUGUCCCUGAAACCCUAACCCAGCACAAGGACCCUCUGCCCACAGCGAGCUGUGACAUCCAGAUGCAUUUUGGAUUCGUCACUGUGAGCACCUCGGGCCGUGUGUGCAUCCAGGCUGCCCAGCCGGCCCCGCGGGCUGAACCGGCACCGGGGACGUCACCAGGCACCGCUCGCUGCGUGGCACAGCCUGGCACGGAGGAAUGCCCUGUGGUUUCCAUCCCGUGUGAGCGCUGAGUUGCCUCCGAGGGCGUCCUCGCCCGGCGCUGACUCAGCGGCAGCCGCCGCAUGCAGAACCGCUCUGGCACCCUGCAGCCGCCAUCACACGGGAGACGGGCAGGACGUGGCUGGGGAGCAGGAGGGUGGGGACAUCAGGACACCAUCAGGACAUCCUGGGAAAGAGAGCAGGGAGAAAAAGUGUGGCAGCUGAUCCUCGCCAACGAGGCCCAUCCAGCCGACGGCACCCGAACGAGCCCCUCGCUGCCCGUGGCGGCCGCUCACGCGUGUCCCGCUGCCGGCACGGAGGAUGCCCGUCGAGGCGCUGCAAGCCGGUGACACCAUGAAGGGGGUGACGGUGCCUUUCACCUCGGCCAUGCCCGUCCGUAUCCUCCGCAAAGGGCCCGCGUAUUUCCGCCGGCACGCCGAGCCGGGGGCCGGGAAGCCCAGCGCGGUGGAGAGGCUGGAGGCCGACAAGGCCAAGUACGUGAAGAGCCAGAAGGUCGCCAGCACCAAGCAGGAGCCGGUGAAGCCGCUGUUGCUCAAGCAGCCCCUCUUCACCCCCGGGGUGCGCCGGGCUGUGCUCACCCCCAGCCGCAGGGCACCCCCGGGGCCACGCCGCGCCGAUGCUGCCAGCCCGAAGACCUCCCUUGACCUGGAGAUCCUCAACAACCUCAUCAACCUCUGUGACAGUCCCUUCCCCAAGGCGGAGAGCCCGCUGGGCAGGGAGUGCAGGUGGCGGGCAGAAGCGCCAGAGGUGGAGGGGGCUGUCAAGCCGCCAGAGAACCCGGCCACCACCAAACCCCCCGGCAGCGUGGCCGUGCGGAGGGUGGACGUCCGUCCCUGUGGAGCUCCGCGGAGCCCAGUGACACCUCUGCCUGCAUCCCCCAUCCCAGGUGGGCUGCCUGUGACCCCGUCCCGGAGCUCACCCGCCCGCCCGGAGAGCGCCCGCCGGCAGCCGCUGCUGCACCGCUCCAAGUCGGACCUGAGCGAUCGGCUCUCGAGGGCCACCGCCGACCUGGAGCGCUUCUUCAACUACUGCGGCCUUGACCCCGAGGAGAUGCAGGACAUGGCGGCUGAGCGCUUCGCCCGCGCCAGCUCUGACAUCGUGUCCCUCAAGUUCCACAGCGUGAGCACGGCCAGCUCGGAGGGCGGCCACUCGCCACCCAGCGCCGCCACGCCGGAGGGGCGGCCGGCGGAGCGUGUGCCCUACGGCAUCUCCAUCAUCGAGCGCAACGCCCGUGUCAUCAAGUGGCUCUACGGGCUGCGCCAGGCCAGGGAGCCCCAGCAGGUCUCCGAUGUGUAGCAGCGCUGUGGUGGGCACCGGGGAUGGGCCGCUCAUAAGCGGGCAAUGCUGGAUGGGGACAAAGCGCUGGCUGUGCCCUGGGAGGAGCAGGGACCUCUUGGUGGUGACAGGAGCCUUGAACUCAGCCCUGCUGUGCUACGGCAUCACUGGCCUGAUGUGGCCAGGGAUCCAUUGUCAGACCCCUGUGCCACCACUGUGCCAGGUCCCUGCAAGCCCGUGGGAAGGCAGAGGACACGUGUCCCUGGGUGUGUGGCUGGUCCUCAACACCCACAGGGCCUCAUGUGGCUGCCCUGCUGGCAGCUCCUGCCUGUCCUGCUCCUCACCAGCACCCCGGGGUGGGGUGCAAGGGGCUGGUUCCCCCUGUACGGAGCUGGGACACUGCACUGGUGAAGGAGCUGCCCCCUUGCAGCCUCCACGGAAGGGGUCCCACUGCCUGGGGUGGUGGCCACAUCCUGGUGGUCCCAUUUAUUGCUGAAGAAAAGCCUGGUGCUUUGAGGUGUGAGGGGGAAACCUGACCCCCUGCUUCAAGCUGCCCAGGGCUGUGUGUCUGUGUGAGUGUCUGCAGGUGCCUGUGUUCCCCUUCCCGGCUGCCAGUGGGCAAGAAGCCCCCACCAUGCUGGGCCUGGUAUUUAUGAAGAGAACAGUUCCUCUUUUCUACUCUUUUCCUUAUGUUUGAUCUGUAAAUAAUAAUAAUUAUAAUACAGCCAGUUUUAUUAAAUGCCUGUGUUUUGGA